GGUCCGUAGUGAUGCCCAUCGCCCAGGAGUUCUCUCCGGACGUUGUUCUGGUGUCGGCUGGGUUUGAUGCCGCUGAGGGAAACCCCGCUCCUCUGGGAGGAUACAAGGUCUCCGCCAAAUGUUUCGGCUUCCUGACAUGUCAGCUGAUGUCUCUGGCUGGGGGUCGUCUGGUUUUGUCCCUCGAGGGAGGUCACGACCUCACAGCCAUCUGUGACGCAUCUGAGGCCUGUGUCAGUGCACUCCUGGACAUACAGGACCCACUGUCAGAAGAAGUCCUCCUCCAGAAGCCCAAUGCUAACGCAGUGCGCUCCCUGCAGACCGUCAUUCAGAUACAAAGUCAGUACUGGCAGAGUGUGAAGGCCUACAGUGGAUCAGUGGGUCUGUCCUACCUUGCUGCAGAGAGGAGAGACUGUGAGGAAACUGAUGCGGUCAAUGCUCUGGCCUCACUCUCUGUGGGAGUGCUGUCCAACAAGAGCCUCCCUGACGAGCCGAUGGAGCAUGACAGUGACUCCAUGUAAAAAGAUCAGACCAAUCGCCUCACUGUCAGGAUUUGGGUGCCCACCUGUAGCCUUGGAUCUCCUGCGCUGUGACACAACCAUGAAUGGGGAGCGUUUGUAAUGCCACUGAGCCCCACCCACCUGCCUUAUUCACACACCAACAGACACACAAUGUUGAAACCCAACAGGCCGGCAGUGGGAGCACGUCCAAGCUGGCAACCACUACCUUCUGAAACCUCACCAAAGAGCAAUACAAGACAAUGUCUUAUUACUUUUGAUGUCCUCUUACUGACAAUGGAUGGUGUGUGUGUUCAGAGGUCCAGGAACCUUAAAGGAACUGACAGAAUUCAGAUGUCCAGCUCUGAAUCCUCCUGAAGCACUAUGUACCAGCAGCCUUAACUAUGCCUUAACAUAAGGACCAGCAGAUUUCAGAAGGAAAAUACUUUGGAUCAUGAAUUCCUUUCUCUUCACGUGAAGAUACACCUGAUGGAUGCUCAAAUAUCAACAAGAAGGAAAGAAUAUGGAAAAUAGGAGAUGGAGAUUGUCUGUUUGAAUGAUUUCAUUGCAUGCAGUUUAACCACUAGAAGAAAAUGAAGACACAAACUGUGGUUUUGUAGAAAUAAAAAAAAGGAAAAUGUCCUUUUAUUGCACUGUUCAUUCCAUAAUGUGAACCGUAAGAGAAAUUCCAAAACCCUGGGAUAAAAAACAACAUCUCCUCUGUAGAUAAUUAAAAAGGAGGAUUUGGAUGACAUUUUAUUCGCUCUAUAUCUGAGAUGUCUUAAGUGAGGACACGUAUCAUCCUGAUACUGUAGACUGUAUUUCCUAUGAAGUUAAUCCAAAAAGUAGGCAAUAUUUUUCGAGCAGGAUUAUUUUUCCACUGCUGUUCAGUGUCUUGUACACACGUGUACAAAUCGACGAUGACCUUUCAAUGUACCACUAGUAUUCAAGACUGUAUAUUAUUGUUUAUAUUUGAGACUAAAGGAGCGUUCAUUCCACCGUGGCACCACUGAGGACCAUUCGUAUUGUUCUAUAGUUGCAAUAAUAUUAAUGCACUUAAAGGAUAUCACCCAAAGAAAACUGCCUUAAGACAGCACGCAACACAAGGGAACAGUUUGGAUUCUGCUGGACUUUUCAAAGACAACCUUUGGAUUUAGAAGAAUAUCUUGUAUGCAGACUUUUGUAUACCGUCUGUUUUGAUAAUGAAUGUUUUCUUUAUAUUCUUCAAAAAACAGCUAUGGAGAUCCAGGCUCUCUCACAGUCUAAUUAAGGAAACAUUGUGUUUUGUUUGCAACUGUAGCAGCUCUUCCUGUCACGUUACAAUCAAGCUAGACAGUGCCAUGCUAAACAAGUCGGCCCCUCGUCCACACGCAGGUCACGUUGCUCAUUGAAGAAUUGUUCUGACUGCCCAGCUGUAGGGGCAUGUAAGGGCUCUGCAUUCCAAAAGUAAAAAUAACAAGAUCGUGUUUCUUAGUUUGGAGGUUUUUGUUUGAAUCCAUUUUUCAUGCACUCUUCCUUUGACCAGGUUAGGCUUUUGAUGACCAAUACUUGCAUUGGUUAGAUUAAAGCUGCAGAAAACUGAGUCAAAAUGAUUACAUUUGACAUAAUGUGGCCAAAAAACAACAUCAAAUUCCAUAAUAAUUCCAUAUCUUAUUUUCUAAAAGUGAAUAUACACACUAAACCUCUGUAAGGAAAUUAAUACUUGACUGUUAGCAUGGUUUUAACAUCCAUGAUUGGAUUUAAAGCAGCACAAUCAGUUUUUUUUAUCUUAUAGGAAAUAAAAACGGCAUGUAAAAGAAGCUUUUGUAAAUAGAUAAAAUAGCUUGAGAUUAGCACAGCAAGUUAAUGUGAAUGGUCGCAGGAAGUGUCGGUUAGCAUCCUGGUAGGAAACUGUAAGCGUUGCUUUAGUCGGACCCUGGGCAUCAUCUGCCCAACAGAAGGCCUCAAAGCGUUUAUAGGAAGCAAAAUGACAGAAGAGCUAAAACGUUUCUCCUUUGCAGAAGUCCCAUUGAGAAAUAUUGCAGGUAAAGGAUUCUGUAAUAGGUGUCAUUUUUUGUUUGUGUGUACAUAGUAUUCUUAUCAGCAAAUGACGGCAUUGAAACUAAAUGCUGUGUCUCUAUUAUCCAGCAGCAGGUGCAUGUUGUGUCUAUGAAGUGAAUGUUGAGUGUGUGUUUGUCUGUCAAAUACUGUAAAUGACCUCCUGUAUCAUAUCCCCAGCACCUGUUUUUUGCCUUAAGGAGAGGCCAUUAGUGCCUCAACUCUUAAUUCCCUUUAAUACUGAUAAAAUGUGUACCUUCUCACUGUAAAUAGAAACUCCAUGACCAAAAUACACAUGUCACACAUGUGCCUUGAUGCAUUCAGCAGGAUGUGUAUUGGUGUCUCUUGACUAACUGGACUUACAGUAACUCUGUGUAUCUAUAAAUGUGACCUUGAAAUCUUUAUUUCAUGCUAGUAGUUACUAUUUACCUGUAUUUUUACUGCACAUUUCCUACCAAGUGUAUGUAUAGAAAGAUUCUAUUUUCUACUAUUAUUUUUGUCUUUUCCUCUUGAUUAAAACAACAUAAUUU